AGUCUGUGGUUUGCUCUGGUUUGUUUCCAGAACGUAUAGUCUGUACAUGUUCUGUGGUUUAGUUCGGACUAGACGUUCUUGUUUUGUUGUGGUUUGUGUUGCAGAAUCAGAAUGGCCGAAUGGGGUAUUAAAGGGUACCUAUUUGAAAACUGGGCCCAGACGUACAAAUGCAUCCCUGAAUUAUACUUUACUCCAAAGACAAAGGAGGAUGUCAUACAGAUUCUAGAGCAGGCGCGGGCAGGAGGCAAGACGGUCAGGGCCGUUGGUGGUGCACGGUCCCCAUCAGACAUUUGCUGCACCGAUGGGUACAUGAUUGAUAUGCAGCGCAUGGAUAGCGUGAUUGAUGUAUGUGCAGAAAAAUGUCAAAUAACAGUUGAAGGAGGAGUCAUGCUGACAAAGUUGAAUAGGAUUUUAGAGGAGAAUGGCAUGGCUAUCAGUGUACUUGGCGCUAUAUCUGAUAUCACGUUGGCAGGAGCCAUGGCAACUGGAACCCAUGGGUCAGGAGCUCAGUAUGGAGUUCUAGCAUCUUACGUUGUGAAGCUGGAGCUGCUGACUGCGAGUGGUGAGGUGAUGACGCUGUCGAGGGAAAAGGACGAGGACAUGUUCCGAGCUGCCGCAGUCAGCCUCGGUGCGCUGGGCAUCAUUCUCACUGUAACACUGCAGUGCGAGAAGGCUUUCAAACUCUGCAAAACGUCGUUCACUACCACAAUGGACGAUGUUCUUGAGAAUUUGGAGGUUCAUGUCAGGUCUUCUGAGCACUUUCGCUUCAUGUGGAUUCCAUACACCGGACAUGUCAUUGCUACGCAUGCAAACAGGACUGAUAAAAAAAUUGCGGUGCAUUCAAGUUGGUUCUGGGAAACUUUGGUUGGCUACCACAUGUUGGAGUUCAUGCUGUGGAUAAGCACAUACUUCACAUCUAUGGUGCCAUAUAUUGCACGCUUUAUGUACAAUAUUUUGUGGAGGCAUGGUGGAGAGAUGGUAGACACUAGCUACAAGGUCUUCAACUUCAACUGUCUUUUCAAGCAGUAUGUGAACGAGUGGUCAAUCCCAAGGAGUCAGGCCGUGCUGGUUUUACUGGAGUUACAAGAAUGGAUAUUGGCACAGGAACACAGGCUGCAGGUACACUUCCCCAUUGAGGUGCGCUUCGUGAAGGCAGACGAUCUUUUGUUGAGCCCAUGCUCUGAAAUCGAUAGUUGUUACAUCAACAUCAUCAUGUUUCGUCCGUAUGGCCGCGAUACACCACACCAGGAGUAUUGGGACAAGUACGAGUCCAUUAUGAAGAGAGCCGGAGGAAGGCCCCACUGGGCAAAGGCUCACAGAGAAACAGCAAGUGAUCUGCGCAAGAUGUAUCCGCAUUUUGAACAGUUCUGCAACAUUCGCAGUAGCCUGGAUCCACACGGACUAUUCCUUAAUAACUACUUGAAGAGAAUAUUGGAAUAUAAGUAACUCGCGGCGAACAUAUUAGGGCACCAGUGACCAUCCUCAAGACAAUACAACAAAACUGGAAUGUCCAUAUCAAGCAGGGAAAAAGGGAGUUCACCACCAUGAAUUGAAGAGUAAGUUGGAUUAUGAGUGUCAUGCAGCAAAGUGGAACAUGCGCCACCAUAUUUAGACUGAAAAUAGUGGAAUAUCAGUAACAUGUAGGAAAUACUCAUAAACACGCCACUAAAUUAUUAGUGACAUUUGUAAGCUCAAGUAGCAAGCUUGAAGAUCUGACACAAUUAGCAGACUAAUUUAAUAAGAUAAUAGUGGUGAGUCAUUGAGAAGGGAAUGUGAGCUUUAAUAGAGAAAUGGGAAGCAGGAAAUAAGGGAAAGAUAAUUACCAUGACUAAAUAUAUAUUAGAGAGAAAAUGUAAUGUUCAUCAAUUACUGUCACUGAUUGGGAAAUAAUCGUUUUUGGUGUUGAUGUUGGGAGGGUAGGCAGGUUAAUAUGCUUAAUCAAACAAAAUUAAAUGGAAUGAAGGAAUGACUGCAGUGACCAUGUCUUUUCCUGGAUUAUGAUUAUAGCUAGGUAUCUAGUGUUGAUCACAUACAAACAAAGGAGCUCUAUUAGUGCAUAUUUGCACUAGAUGGGGCAGUAUAUUGUAAUAAUUAGAAUGUGAUUUGAAUAUUGGAUCUCAAGAGCAUGGAAUAUUUUUAAAACAUAUUUUUCCCCAUUUCAUGUAAGUCCAAAACACAGUUUUUAGCAUCAGAUAUGCACUACUCCAUAUGAUAUUAGUAUUAUUUUUUACUUCUAUAGAAAUGUAUAGCCUAGAUCUCUUAUGGGAGGUUUAACAAAGAAAACGUGUGUGAUGGUCUUUGUGGAGAACUCAAAUAUUAUUAGACAUAAUCUUGAAUAAAACAUGAUUUUUUAGUAAUGAA